AUGAAAAUGGCUUCUGAAAAUGUUGCAAUGGGAAUUUUUCUAUUCUCCCAGAUUACAGUGGGGAUGCUUGGCAAUUCUUCAAUACUAUUUUAUUAUGUGAUUUUGAUGUUCACUGGAAAGAAUUUAAUGCCCAAAGACCUGAUUAUAGAGCACUUGACCUUUGCCAACUGCUUGUCUAUCAUCUCAAGAGGUAUUCCACAGACACUGGCAGAUUAUGGAUUUAAAUAUUUCCUGGAUGAUACUGGAUGUAAAUUGAUAGUGUAUAUAUACAGAAUAACAAGGGGGAUGUCGCUUUAUGCAAUGUGCCUACUGAGUUGCUUUCAAGCAAUCACAAUCAGCCCUAAUAACUCCAAAGUGCUGAUGCUUAAACAAAGAGCCAUCAAGUACAUUGGUCCUUCCUGUUCAGUCAGUUGGCUUGUGCAAGUUUUUCUAAACAUCUUGACUCCAGCAAGAGUGUCAGGCCCCAGUUACAAGAAAAAUGUGACUAACAUGAUGAGCUAUGCCUACUGCUCAUGGUUUGCAUCAGGCAAUUUUGCAACUGCACUGUAUAUGUUUUUACUAUGCUUCUCUGAUGGACUGUGCCUGGGUCUCAUGGCCUGCUCAAGUGUCUCCAUGACGAUUAUCCUCUACAGACACAAGAGACAAGUGAGACAUAUUCAUAAGGCUCAGUACUUCCUAAAACAAUCACCAGAAAACAGAGCUACCCAAACAAUCCUCAUCCUGGUGUGCACAUUUAUCAUCUCUUACUCAUUCUCUUCUAUUGUGGUCAUCUUUACAACCUACUCCAAAUAUCCAAUGCUAUGGGGAGUAAGUGUAUUUACAUUCCUAGAAAUAUGUUUUCCCAUAUUUUGUCCCUUUGUUCUUCUCAGCAAUAUGAAGCCCAUUUCCAGACUGUUUUCACCCUACUUUUUUAAGAAAUAG